UCUAUAUAAAUCUGUCGUCCUGUCCCCAGCCACGGAGAUAUUUUUAAGAAUCGCUGACGUGCGUAUCACGAGGAGACAUGAAUCGAUCGCGAUUAGCCACUUUGCUGCUACUGGUCGUCGUUGGGGUACACUACUCGACGGCCGAUAUUGCUACCACCGUAAGCUAUCAAAAGUCCGUCGUCGAUGCUGCGGUCACCGCACUGUCCGGUGCCAUUAAGGACCGAGCCUCGGAUAUAAGAAGCAUGUUCAAGACUCUGAUCGGUGGCGUCGUCUACAACCAGGAUUGGACCAAAUUUUGGAUGGGAUAUGUCCUGGCAGAUCCGGUGACCGGGCCGAUGGCCAAUAAGAUUUCUAAAGAACUAACCGCCACCGGUCAGGCACUGCUGGACAGCAUGGCCCCAGUGGCAGACAACAUAAGCGCCACUUUUGAUGCGGUUACCAAAGCAAUCUCACCAACGAUGACCGCCAAUCUUUCGGCCACGAUGGACGCGAUCUCUGCCGCAGAUACCAACAUCACAAUCCAGUUCAGUCUCUCAACCUCGUCGAAACUGCUAACGUGUUGGUGGAAAUACAUCGGAUCACCAGCCACCAUCGUCACAACCGCUAGUUCGGGUUUUCAAAAGUUUUUAACCGACGAAAAGAAUGCGUUUUCCCGUACUCUGACGGCCGUAUCCGAUUACGCCCAACUGGCGGGCAACAAUUUCCGCAGCAUGGGCACCACCGCCGAUUAUUGCAACAGUCUUGGACUGACCCGUCCAGAUCUUAAGAACAGAACCAUCGCCUGUCUUCAAUCGCUCCUGGAAUACGCGAUCCCCCAGUUGAAUGAGGAUCUGGCCUACCAGCAGGACAUUGUCGUCCAACUGGCGGCGACAGAGGCGGGCAACUCGAUCGGCCGUGCCAUCUCCGGAAUCAACUCGGUGGCCGAGCAGGCCAUCACCGCCGCCCGGAUGCUGCCCGACGAUGUGGCCAACUGUUUCAAAACGGGAGUGUGAAGAUGCUCGGUGUAAAAUGAAUGAAUCGUUUCUAAUCGAAUAAAAAAA